AUGACGGCUCUGGGUGAAGUUGGAAGCUUCUUGCACGGCAUUGAUGGUGUGGGGCACGUCGGGUCCCAUUAUCUCCUGACGUCUCUUCGAGAGAGUCCAGUGGUACUGCUGGGUCAGGGUGAACACCUCGUACCUGGUGCUGGGGAGAGGCUGUCCCGGAGCGCCACGGCAGAUUUAACUCAUUUAAAAGGGAUUAUCCGGAGAAGGCAGCUAUACUGUAGAACUGGAUUUCAUCUGGAAAUUCUUCCGGAUGGCACUGUACAAGGGACAAGAAAGGACCACAGUAGAUUCGGUAAUUAUCAAGUUAUUAAUGUGUAAUAUUUCACAUCUAAUAUUACACGUUAAUAUUAUAUGGUUAAUAAUGUAACCAUAUAUGUGCAAUAUUCAUUAUAAUAAUACCUUAUUAUUAUAAUUAUUUGAUUCUAAUUAUAAUUCUUAGUAUUGUUAUUAUUAUUAUUAUUUGUGUUAGAGCAAGAUCAGUUUCAUAGCUUAACAUCAGUUGCUAAUAUUAGGCCUACAGCAAAAGUGCAACUUAAUGCAACAGUUAUAAUUUCUUCAAUAAAUAUAAGUGGAAGUCAUGUGAAAGUCUUAUAGUGAAAUGUGGCUAUAUUCUACCCUGCUGGGUCACAAUCUGUAAAAUAAGGCUUAGAUCUCUCUGGUGAAAUACACCUGGAACAACUGAUUUAUUCUUCUCCAGGUAUUUUGGAAUUCAUAAGCCUUGCUGUUGGAUUGAUAAGUAUUCGAGGAGUGGACAGUGAUCUCUACCUGGGGAUGAAUGACAAUGGAGAGCUCUAUGGUUCUGUAAGUAUUACACUAAUUCACUGUCUCUCUGCUGUUUCUGUACUCCCACCUCUCAUUGAAAAUGUGUUGUAAAAGAUUCUCUGGGUUGUCUUUUGUUGUCCAAUAUAAAUUAUAUUAUACCAGCAGGUGGCAUGAAUGGGUUUUAUUCACUAUUGCUGUCAUUCUGUGUCACGCCCUGAUCUAGAGAACUCUUCUUGGUUGGGUCAGGGUGUGAGUUUCUGUUGAGAUCUAUGCUAUUGUAUUUCUAUGUUGUAGAUCUAGUUAGCUUUUUCUAUGUUUGGCCGGAUGUGAUUCCCAAUCAGAGGCAGCUGUCGCUCGUUGUCUCUGAUUGGGGAUCAUACUUAGGUAGUCUGGUUGCCUACCUUAGUUGUGGGAUCUUGACUCAUGUUUGGCUUGUUGUGGUGUAGCCACUGUUUGAGCUUCACGUUUCGUUGUUUUGUUAUUUUGUCAAGUGUUUAUUUGUAUUAAUAAACAUGUACGCAUACCACGCUGCACCUUGGUCUGACCCGUCUCUCAACGAUCGUGACAUUCUGCCAUAAAGGAUCCAGUUCUGGACUAGUUAUGUUCUUAUCAUCUGUAAACACACAGUCCAUCCUUACCAUUUUGGUAUUUUUGGUAUUUUAGUAGGAUCCCCAUUAGCUGUGCAAAAGCAGCAGCGACUCUUCCUGGGGUACACACAAAACAUGAAACAUGACAUAAUACAGAACAUUAAUAGACAAGAACAGCUCAAGAACAGAACUACAUAUUUUUUUUUAAAGGCACAUGUAGCCUACAUAUCAAUACAUACACACAAACGAUCUAGGACAAAUAGGGGAGAGGCGUUGUGCCGUGAGGUGUUGCUUUAUCUGUUUUUUGAAACCAGGUUUUCUGUUUAUUUGAGCAAUAUGAGAUGGAACGGAGUUCCAUGCAAUAACGGCUCUAUAUAAUACUGUACGCUUUCUUGAAUUUGUUCUGGAUUUGGGGACUGUGAAAAGACCCCUGGUGGCAUUGUGGGGUAAGUGUGUGUGUCAGAGCUGUGUGUAAGUUGACUAUGCAAACAAGUUGGGAUUUUCAACACAUUAAUGUUUUUUAUAAAAAGAAGAAGUGAUGCAGUCAGUCUCUCCUCAACUCUUAGCCAAGAGAGACUGGCAUGCAUAGUAUUUAUAUCAGCCCUCUGAUUACAAUGAAGAGCAAGACGUGCCGCUUUGUUUUGGGCCAGCUGCAGCUUAACUAGGUCUUUCCUUGCAGCACUGGACCACACGACUGGACAAUAAUCAAGAUUAGACAAAACUAGAGCCUGCAGAACUUGCUUUUUGGAGUGUGGUGUCAAAAAAGCAGAGCAUCUCUUUAUUACGGACAGACCUCUCCCCAUCUUUACAACCAUUGAAUCGAUAAGUUUUGACCAUGAUAGUUUACAAUCUAAGGUAACGCCAAGUAAUUUAGUCUCCUCAACUUGUUCAACAGCCACACCAUUCAUUACCAGAUUCAGCUGAGGUCUAUAACUUAGGGAAUGAUUUGUACCAAAUACAAUGCUCUUAGUUUUAGAGAUGUUCAGGACCAGUUUAUUAGUGGUACCCAUUCCAAAACAGACUGCAACUCUUUGUUAAUAUUAUAUGGUAUAUGGUGACUUCAUUAGCUGUGGUUGCUGAUGCGUAUAUGGUUGAAUCAUCAGCAUACAGUGGCAGGUCAUUGGUAAAAAUAGAAAAGAGUAGAGGGCCUAGAGAGCUGCCCUGUGGUACACUACACUUUACAUGUUUGACAUCAGAGAAGCUUCCAUUAAAGAAAACUAUUUUAGUUCUAUUAGAUAGAUAGCUCUGAAUCCAUGAUAUGGCAGAGGUUGAAAAGCUAUAACACAUAUAUUUUUUCAACAACAGGUUAUGGUCAAUAAUAUCAAAGGUUGCACUGAAAUCUAACAGUACAGCUCCCACAAUCUUCUUAUUAUCAAUUUCUUUCAACCAAUCAUCAGUCAUUUGUGUCAGUGCAGUACAUGUUGAGUGCCCUUCCCUAUAAGUAUGUUGAAAGUCUGUUGUUAAUUUCUUUACAGAAAAUAGCAUUGUAUUUGGUCAAACACAAUUUUUUCCAACAGUUUGCUAAGAGCUGGCAGCAAGCUUAUAGGUCUACUGUUAGAACCAGUAAAGGCCUCUUUACCAUUCUUGGGUAGCGGAAUUACUGAUCGAUUCGAUGAAUGAUGGUGUUGAAAUUGUCUUUCUACCCAUAAUUUCAUUUAAAGUACUCCAAAGUUUUUUUCCAUCAUUCUUUAUAUCAUUGAUAUUGGCUUCAUUAUACAGUUUCUUCUUCUUUUUGUUGAGUUUAGUCACAUAAUUUCUCAAUUUGCAGUAAGUCAACCAGUCAGAUGUGCAGCCAGACUUAUUAGCCACUCCUUUUGCCCCAUCUCUUUCAACCAUACAGUUUUUCAAUUCCUCAUCAUUCCAUGGAGCCUUAACAGUUCUAACAGUCAGUUUCCUAGCAGGUGCAUGUUUAUCAAUAAUUGGAAGAAGCAAUUUCAUAAAUGCAUCAAGUGCAGCAUCUGGAUGCUCCUUAUUAAUCACAUCAGACCAACACAUAUUUGUUUACAUCAACCAACAUAUGAGUCACAGCAACAUAUUUUGAAUGAUCUCUUAUACACUAUUUUAGGCCCAGCUGUUGGAACUUUGGCUUUCCUGGAUAUAGCCCCUAUAUUGUGAUCACUGAAUCCAAUGGGUACAGAUACAGCAUUAGAACAAAGUUCUACAGUAUUAGUAAAAAUGUGAUCGAUACAUGUGGAUGAUCUUGUUCCUGUAGUGUUUGACUUCACAAUCUGAUCUGAAAUACUUUUCUAUCCUGUAGGAGAAACUUACUGCUGAGUGUGUCUUCAAGGAGCAGUUUGAGGAGAACUGGUACAACACAUACUCCUCCAACCUUUACAAGCACGGAGACAAAGGGACUCGCUACUUUGUGGCGUUAAACAAGGACGGCACGCCUCGGGACGGAACAAAGUCCAGGCGACACCAGAAGUUCACCCACUUCCUGCCCAGGCCCGUGGACCCUGAACGGGUUCCGGAGCUGUACAAGGAGAUUCUGGGCCACAGCUGA